AUGGGCAAUCCUAUUCCUACUACUAUCAUCCCAUUGUUGUUCAUUCUCAUAUGGGCUAUCCAUCUCCAAGCAAUAAUUAUUCAUGAAAAACGCCACUGUUUUUUCACUCGCAAAUUCACAAUCCAUAUCACCAAUAAGCUUCCUCCGAAAUCGGAUCCUCUGGAGUUGCAUUGCGCAUCAAAAGACGAUGACUUAGGUUUUCACACACUUUCUCCAAAUCAAAGCUUUAGUUGGGGCUUCUGUGAGAAUUUUGUCCCCAACACUUUAUUCUUCUGUCAUAUUUGGUGGGAAUCUAAAGACAUCGGUUUCGAAAGUUUUAACUUUGAAUUUCACGACGGAUGUAUACCUGAUGGCUCCCAAUGCUUCUGGGAAGUAAGGGUUGACGGUCUUUAUAGACUCACUGAUAGCAGCCGGAAUAGAUAUGGAAAAUGGCUUUCCUCCGCAAUUGACCCCUUUCAAGUUGAUGACGACUUAGGUUUUCACACACUUUCUUCGAAUCAAAACUUUAGUUGGGGCUUCUGUGAGAAUCUUGUUCGCAACACUUUAUUCUUCUGCCAUCUUUGGUGGGAGUCAAAAGAAAUCGAAUUCGAAGCAUUUAAUUCUAACUAUCACACAGGGUGUAUACCUGAUGGCUCCGAAUGCUUUUGGGAAGUAAGGUCUGACGGUCUUCAUAGACUCUUUUAUGAUGGCGGUGGCGGUUACGGAAAAUGGAGUAACUGGGGUCUGGGAAGACAAAAAGUGAGUACGUCGGAUUAA